CAAAUAAAAGCUAAUCCUUUAUCUAUCCCAGAAACAGUGUUUGGCACCUCGGAAAGCUUAAUAAAAGAGAAAAGGAAAACAAAAUUCAUAUUUUCCUUUAAUUAUUUGAAAACCCAUCUCCAUUUACCCCCCCUCUCUCCCUCUCUCAAUGUCAAAGUUCGACUACCCAAGACUGUCCCGCGCCGAAAUAGUGACGGUCUUAGCAGAGUCACAGAUCGCCGCUGUUGUAGAGAACGAUAUAAAGAACCCAAACCCAGAUUUCUUGUCUGAUCUCUAUACCCGACUUCUGAUCCACCUUGAUCUUCUUCACGAAGAAGAUCAAGGGCAGGUGGAGUUCGCUGCUUUGGAGCAGCUUGAGAACCCAGACCAUCACGCGGACUCUGUUAGGACCAUGAAUAUGUAUAUUAGGAUAAGAGAGAUGUUGGGCUUGGUGGAUUGCCCAAUAAAAUUUACCCUCAAAGAUCUUUUGAGGCCACAAGGAGACCGGACUGAAAUUUUUCUAAGUGCAAUACUCAAUUUCUGUCUUCACAAAGAAUCAAAAAUGAAUCUACUAAGACCAAUGGGGGAGGAACUCACACUUCUUGAUGAUCAGCGGAGGGAAUGGGAGGAUAAGAUUUCACAGUUGAAUGCACAAAUAUCUGACUAUAAUGAAGCAAGGGAAAGGGAGUUGCCACUUGUGCAAGAGGUAGAUGCCAACGUUAAAGAAUUGCAUCAGACCAUUGCAGGCCUCAACAAUCACCAGUUGUCACUCAGAGCUUCUUUCCGAAAAUUAAAGGAGAAGACUGGGGAAAUGGACGAGGAGAUUUCAAAAGCAGAGUUUGAUCUGGUACAAAGUGUCCAAGAAAAUGCAAGCCUACGUUCAAAAAUUGUUCAAUCGCCUGAUAAAUUGCAGAGGGCUUUGGAGGAGAAGAAAUCAUUUCGGGAAGAGGCAAGAAAUGCUGAAAGAUUAGCAAUGCAGUCCUUUCAAGAGAAGACUUCCAUUAUAGAGGUUUAUUCGAAGACUUUUAAGAAAAUGUCAAAGCACCUCAAACAAAUGCAGGCUAUACAUGAACAGGUAAAUUCUGCAAAGUCCAUCGAGAAAGACUACAAGACCCUAAAAGCUAAGCUGAGCGACGAUGGAGUGUUGGAUAAGUCACUUGAUGCCAAACUAGUUGAACGGCAAGCUAAAGCACAACAGUUGGAUGAGUUGAGAAAGAUAUUGGAGAAAGAAGGAAAUGUGAAGAGUGAGGAGGCUACAAAAGAAUUUAAUAAUAUUAAGUUGGAGGUGGAAUCAAAGAGGGGUGAUCUGGAAGCAAGGCAAAGGAAGGUUGAAUCUGUAGUAUCAGAGGUUGAUGCUAUUACAUCAAAAACAAAUUUGGUGAAAGAAUCUGGAGCUGCUAAAGUGCAAGAGUUAGUUCACAAAUGUGAAGAGGUUGUAGAACAGUUUCAACAAUAUAAGAAUUCUACGGAGCUUUUGCUGCAGUGAUGAAUGCAUUUGCCAAGUAAUGCAUAGUCUAGUUUGGCAUUAGUGUUUCAACAAUGUAAGAAUUCUGCGUUUGGCGUUGGUGAUGAAUAUAUUUGCCAAGUAAUGCAUAGUGUAGUUUGUUGUUUAAACUUGUAUCAAAGCCACUCACAUAUCCCCUAUUAUCUAAGUCAAGCUAUUAUUGGUGUUCA